UAUUAUACAUCCAAUCUAGAAAGAGUAGCAAUCCACCAACGGAAUUAACAUUAGUGCAAUCAAACAGUUAAGCUUUGAAGGCAAGAUGGAGAGCAUAGAGCAUACAACCCUAAGCGUCAACGGCAUUAACAUGCACGUCGCCCAGUUAGGCUCUGGCCCCGCGGUGCUCUUCCUCCACGGCUUCCCGGAGCUCUGGUACUCUUGGCGCUACCAGAUACUCUCCCUCGCCUCCAGCGGCUACCGGGCCAUAGCCCCGGAUCUCCGCGGCUACGGCGACACCGACGCCCCCCCUUCCGCCGACAGCUACACCGUUCUCCACAUCGUCGGCGACCUGGUCGGCCUCCUCGACGCCCUGGGCCUCAGCAAGGUCUACCUGGUCGGCCACGACUGGGGCGCCAUCAUCGCCUGGUGCUUCUGCAUUUUCCGGCCGGACCGCAUCAAGGCUCUGGUCAAUAUGAGCGUGCCGUUUCAGCCCCGGCGACCUCUGGUUAAGCCUAUGCCAACCUUCCGAGCUUUGCUCGGCGACGACUUUUAUAUGUGCAGAUUUCAGGCAGUUGGGGAGAUCGAAGAGGAAUUCGCUCGAGUUGAUACUGCGAAGUUGAUGAAAGCAUUUCUUUCCUCUCGAAAUCCGCGUCCAUUACAGUUUACCAAAGAGAUGGACUUCAAGGCUGUUUUUGAAGCUCCAAUCCCAUUGCCGCCAUGGUUGACGGAGGAAGACAUCAAUUACUACGCCAGUAAAUUCAGCCGAACAGGCUUCACCGGCGGACUCAACUACUAUAGAGCCAUUGAUCUGAGCUGGGAGCUGACGGCGGCAUGGACGGGAGCACAGAUAACGGUGCCGGUUAAAUUCAUAACCGGUGACCUCGACCUUGUCUACCAUUUUCCGGGAGCCAAGGAAUACAUAGAAGACGGGGGGUUCAAGCAAGACGUGCCCAGCUUGCAAGAGUUGGUCGUCAUGGAAGGAGUGGCUCACUUCCUCAACCAGGAAAAGCCCCACGAAAUUAACGCUCACAUUCUUGAUUUCAUCCAGAAGUUCUAAACUUCUAAUCUACAGAAGGAGCAAGGCUUCAUGCCCGAGUGAAUUUUACUUUGUUUGAAUAAUGAUGAACCAUCGGAAUAAUCCCAUUUCAUCCCAUCAUCAACCAUCUUUGAAAGAGGUUGCCCAGCUUCUUGAAUCAAGAUUUGAGUUCGUCCUAUAUAUGGGGAAUGCAUUGCGUUCCCUCAAAUACGAGUUUUGUUUAAAAGUCAGUAUGUAAAAGAUUCAAGUGCUCUCAAAUAAAUAGACAUUUUUUCCCCAGAAAUUAAAUCCUGAUCCCGACUAAGCUAAAAU